CACUGGGUUCUAUGUAUUUUUAGUAACGUGAAUUAUAUUGACACAUUACUUUUAAAGUUUCUCACACUGUCCCUCUUCCUACAGUUCAACAUAGAUUCAGGGGAGAUAGUGCAGGAGUACGAUCGUCACCUCGGAGCCGUCAGCACCAUCACGUUUCUAGAUGGGAACAGGAGAUUCGUCACAACAUCUGACGACAAGAGCCUCCGCGUCUGGGAAUGGGAUAUCCCAGUGGAUAUGAAAGAUGAGUACGUGGCUGAGCCUCAUAUGCACUCCAUGCCGGCUGUGACACUCUCCCCUAAUGAGAAGUGGCUGGCGUGUCAGUCAGUGGACAACACAAUACUGGUGUACGGAGUCCACAACAACUUCAGACUCAACAGAAAGAAGAACUUCAAGGGGCAAUGGUGGCUGGCUAUGCCUGUUCUGCUGACUUCUCUCCAGAGGGAAGUCUGGUGGUAUCGGGUGAUGCGGAUGGGAAACUGACAGUAUGGGAAUGGAGAACCACUAGGAUCGUGACAAGGUUCAAGGCGCACGACUCUGUGUGUAUCAGUUGCCUAUGGUUACCGCACAAGACAUCAAAGAUCAUCAGUUGUGGCUGGGAUGGGAAGAUACAUCUCUGAGACUGACUCACUAACUUCAAUGUUCCACAUACAUAAUUAUUAUACAAGUGGAAAAAUCAUUUCUUCAAAAUGAAAGGGGGAUAUAGGGAUGGCUUGAAGCACCAAAAAGGAAUAAACAAGG